CGGCUUGUUUAUGUGAACGUACCAGUCUCGCCCAACAACAAAUAAAACGGAUAGAUAGUCAGGUUGUUGUCUUUUCUUCCGGUCAGGUCAUGGAGUUUGCAGAGUUGAUAAAGACACCCAGGGUGGACGGAGUUGUCCUACAUCGGCCUUUCAUGCCCACUGUGGAGGGGACCUUGUGUUUGACUGGUCAUCACCUGAUUCUCUCCUCCAGACAGGACAACACAGAGGAACUGUGGCUGCUUCAUUCAAACAUUGACUCUAUAGAGAAAAGAUUUGUGGGGUCUCUGGGAAGCAUCAUAGUCAAAUGCAAAGACCUGAGGGUGAUCCAGCUCGAUAUCCCUGGCAUGGAGGAGUGUCUCAACAUUGCCAGCUCUAUUGAGGCUCUGUCCACGCUUGAUUUACUCUCUCUGAUGUACCCUUUCUUUUACCGGCCCAUGUUUGAAGUCAUAGAAGAUGGCUGGAAGUCAUUUCUUCCAGAAGAUGCCUUCAAAGAUUUGGAGUCUAUGACAGAUGAGUGGAGACUGAGUGAUGUCAACAAGGACUUCAGUGUGUGUCCAUCAUACCCCCCUCUAGUGGCAGUGCCCAAACAUGUGGAUGAUGACACGCUGAGGAAAGCAGCCACCUUCCGUCACGGCGGCCGUUUUCCAGUACUUAGCUACUACCACAAGAAGAAUGGCAUGGUGAUGAUGCGAGCAGGGCAGCCUCUGACAGGCACCAACGGGCGCCGGUGUAAGGAAGACGAGAAACUGAUCAAUGCCACCCUGCGACCAGGCAAACGUGGCUACAUCAUUGACACACGCACCAUCAAUGUUGCCCAGCAGGCCAAAGCUCGAGGAGGAGGAUUUGAGUCCGAAGCUAACUACCCCCAGUGGAGGAGGAUCCACAAGGCAAUCGAAAGGUCAAACAUCCUCCAGGAGAGCCUGAUAAAGCUGGUAGAGGCGUGUAACGACCAGUCGCACAGUAUGGACCGCUGGUUAAGCAAGCUAGAGGCUUCCAACUGGCAAACUCAUGUCAAGGAAAUCCUCACCACUGCCUGCCUGGCUGCCCAGUGUAUCGACAGGGAGGGGGCGUCGGUGCUGGUUCACGGUACAGAAGGGACAGACUCCACCCUGCAGGUGACCUCGUUGGCUCAGAUCAUCCUUGAUCCGGCCUGCAGGACCAUCAGAGGCUUCCAGGGCCUGGUGGAGCGAGAGUGGCUCCAGGCAGGUCACCCGUUCCAGCAGCGCUGCGCCCAGUCGGCCUACUCCAACAGCAAGCCUCGUCAAGAGGCUCCUACCUUCCUGCUCUUCUUGGACUGUGUGUGGCAGAUCCUUCGCCAGUUUCCAUGCUCCUUUGAAUUCAGCGAGGCCUUCCUGGUGCUCGUCUUUGAACACGCGUAUGCUUCUCAGUUCGGUACAUUUUUGGGUAACAGUCCAGCUGAGAGAGCCAAACUGUCUCUACCUGAGAAGACUGUGUCACUUUGGUCAUGGGUGAAUCGGCCCCAAGAACAGGAAAGUCUGACCAACCCGCUGUACGAGGCCAACAGUCUUGUGAUCUGGCCAUCCGUUGCCCCUCAGAGUCUGCUGCUGUGGGAAGGCGUGUUCCUUCGUUGGAACCGCUCCUCCAAGUGUUUGGACGAGGCCCAUGACGAAAUGGUGCAUAUAAUUGCUUACAACAAGGAGCUUCAGAACAAAGUGAACAGCCUGCGCAGGCAGCUGGCCCAGCUGGAAACUGAAGAUCCUGUCCUGCAGACGCCAUAGAGAGGAAGGAAGCGAGAUGGAAGAAAGAGGUAGAAAAUUCGGAAAAAAACACAACUAAAUACAAAAACAGAUCAACGACAAACCAGUUUUAGGCUUCACUUAGGCUUUUCCAUUCACGCAGUUGUCUUUCACACAGUUCACAUGACCGAAUGGACUAAAACAGUGAUAUGCCAUGUUGUGUCAUUGAAACUAAACAGGAAUGAGUGGGAAAGAUACAG